AUGUGGAUGAGCUGGAUGACCUCGGCAAGCGCUCUAAAAGGGAGGAGUAUGUCGAGGUCAAACGUCCAGACGGGACUGUUGCUAAGGCUCGUGGCGAGCGGACUUUCUACGGGGCCUUCGAGGGAGGCUUCAGCGCCGGCUACUGGGGCACUGUAG